GCGGUAGCCCGCAACCUGGGCCCGGACUGAGAGUGGCAGGUGAUGACAUGACAUGAGUUACUUGUAUUAUUCGCGGUGAUAGUUUAACCAUCCUCGCGUUCCACUUCCUCACCAUCAGUACGUCUCCUCCCACCAGGUUUGUGUACACAUUAUGGACAGUAUGCUUGACAAUCUCGCAAAAACUGAGUUCAUUAGCAUUUGUGUUCGGGAUCCAAGGCUACAUAAAGAUGACCUCUGGCACACACAUGUCGACUACGAGAUCUGUUUACAGACCAAUAGCAUGUGUUUUCGAAAGAAGACUUCCUGUGUAAGGAGGCGUUACAGUGAGUUUGUUUGGCUGCGUCAUUGUCUGGAACAGAAUGCUCUGAUCAUAGAAUUACCUAAGUUGCCGCCCUGGAACCCUUUCUUCAGUCUGAGGAACACAGAGCAAGUCUCUCAGCGGAUGAAGGGCCUGGAAGAGUUUUUGGAAAGUGUUCUUCAUACACCGUUAUUAUUAUCAGACAGUCGGCUCCAUCUGUUCCUCCAGUCAGACCUCAGCAUGACAAAGAUUGAGAAGUGUGCUCGUGGUAAGACCAGGUACACAGUGGCCGAAGCCAUACAGCGUUCCCGCAGGGAUCACAUCAGUAGAUUAGAGGACAAGGGCUCCUGUGACUCUGACUGUGAAAGCAGUUCUUCGUCGUCGGGCUUGGGACUAAGCGUGGACACUCCAAUGCGGGGUAGCCCACUCCCCUUCUUUGGGUCCUCUGACAGAGACCCAGAGCUGUACAGCUGUCUUUCAGAAUCCCCCACCACACUCAUUGAGCCCUGAUGCACAGCAGUACUGUACUGUACUUCCACCUCCCUUUCUCUUUGGACAUUGAAGUGACUCUCUGUGGAGCUCUUUCUUUUCUUAGUUAACUUCCAAAGAUCAAAAAAACUUUCUUUUACUUUUGUUAAUUUCAUUACAACCCUUAAAUGUUUGUUUUAAUAAUUUACCUUAGUUUUUUUUUUUUUUAUUAAAUCAAAGCCUUAGUCAUUUAAUUUAGUGUGUACUUAAAAAAAGAAGUUUCAUAUUUUAAAAAAUGUAUAAAUCUACAUUUGUAAUUGUGAAUUCUUAAAUAUUUCCUAUGUAUAUAUUUUUAUCAGCACUGAAGCUGUACUGUGGUUAGCA